AUGCAGCCAUGGACAGGAAACAAGAGCAGGACACCGCCCGUGGCCGCUUCAGCAGAGCAGCGCAGGUACCUGCAGCCAUCCCCACCUGGGCUGGGCCUGCUGUCACUGCUCAGCCCAGCACCACACUUGGAGCACUCCAUGGAACAUGCCUCUCUUCCCUGUCCUUUGUUCUCCUUGCAGAGGUUCCGGAAGUUUCUGCGCAUUCGGCAUAGAAAGAACACCACCACAGCAGCAACUGAGGGCACAGCUGAGCCUGACUCUGGGCUGGCCGAGCUCCAGGCAGAGCCUGAUGUCAGCCCAGAUUCAGCUGAGCGCUCAGAAGACUCUGACGCUGCAGUGAAUGAUGAGAGGGCAAACUCUGACAUGGCAGGGAAUGAGGAUGAGGCCAUUCCAAAUGAUGACACUGGAGAGACUCAGGGCAUUGCAUAUGCUGACAUCACACCCGCUCCUGCUCUGAGUCAGGAACUCAUAAUGGACCAUUUCAAGGACAGUGUUUCUUCUGAGCAGCAGGUACCCAGCCUGGGGCCAGAACUGGAGGCCUCCCUGGAUCAUGUUCCCUCUCAAGCCACAUCCACAGGGCCCCCUCAGCCUUUGAGGCCAGCAGAAUGUGAUGGGAUGGUGCCAACUAUUGUAAGGAAUAUUCAUCAGAGUCUCAUGUCCCAUGUCACUGUGGAUGCCAGGCAGCAAAUUGACAUUAUAAGGCUGGCUGAAGAACACCCGGCCGAUGUGGCGCUGACCCUCCUGCGCUGUGCCCCAUCGUGUGACAGAGCUGCUGCAAUGAUGUGGCAAACCAUAGGCUCGUCAGGACCAACAGUGGAGAAAGUGCUGCCAGCACUGCUCUGUGUGAUGGAGAACUGGCCACUUUGCAGCAUCUGCACCUCUGAUGGAGACAACCAGGAUGUUUUCCCCCUGACUGCAACUGUGGUGCUCUGGGUGAUUAUCCAAGUGCCUGAAUGCCACGAGGCGAUGAUCCUUUAUUCUGCCCGCCUGUUUGUGGCUCUGCUGUUCCAUGUUGUCAUCACCACCCAGCAAAUGCCACCAGUGGAAGCUGACAGCAUCUGGAGAGCAUGCCGGGAACAACACCGCUUUCCCAGCAACCCCAACAGGUUUGCAGUGCGGACCCUGAAGGCUCUGCUCUGCCGACUACGGUGUGACAACGAGUUGAUGGCUAUGGAGCGCAAGCGUGGCUGGGACACGCUGCUCUGUGCUGACACCCAGCACUAUGCCGUGGGUCUGCUGGCCAGGGAGAUGCGCCAUGUCUUGAUCCCCUUCUGUUCCCACAUUGCGCUCCAGCUGCUCAAGUCACUCAGAAGGGAGGAGCCAUGCUGUGAUCUGUCCUUCCUGGCAUUCCUUGUGGAGGUCCUGGAUUGCCUGGACUUGAGUGAAUGUAGUGACAGUGUCCUGGAGAUCAUGUCAAGGCACCUGCAGAGCAAGUGCAGGCAGAGGUGUCGCCUGGUGCUCAGAGGCCUCGUGGUGCUCAGCAAGUAUCCCUUGAUGGCCGUAAGAAUGUGCAGCUUGUCUCAAAGCCUUCAGGAGCUGCUGGGUGACGCAGAUGGAGAUGUUGUUGACAUGGCCCUCUGUGUAUUCAGUAAUAUACUCAACAAUAAAGACAUCCUGAUAUCCAGUACCACUGCCCCAAAGCUGGCUGAGGCACUCCUGCUGCUCUUUGACCAUGACCACAGCCAUGUGCAGCUGCUCUCCCUUGACCUCUUCUUCAAGGCGAUGGAUUUGGUAGUGGAUGAGGGAAAAAAGCCCCUGGAGAAGAUUUUGAGCCAGAGCCUGAUUCCACUCUUCUUCCACUGCCAUGAUGAGAACUGGCAUGUGGCAAAGGCCUCUCAGAAAACGCUGAUUCGUGUGGCCGAGUUCCUAAAGAGGAGGAAUCUCAAGCAGCUGAUGAAGAAGGAGCAGCUGUCAAAGUUUCCCGAGUGUCUGCUGGCAGAGGACACGAGCCGAGCAGCCGAUCACUUUCGCCAGGCCCUGCCAUACCUGGAUAGCUCACAGGAGACCCUGCAAGAGGUGGCCAUCAUGUUCAUUGAGAUGGUCGCAGUGUUCAUGCACAAGGUCGCAGAAGGAAGAGCUCCAGGUCCUCAGUGAGGCCAUUCAAACCCUGAGAAAGACACCAGUCCAUCCCACUGUAACCUGAAUAUUCAAGCCCAGCUUGCCAGUGAACGAGUGUCCCAAGAACAGCACCAGGAGACACUGAAGAGGACACCACCUUCCAGUGCUGGUGGAGAACCAGGCACAGCUGACGACUGGCACAGCAGAGCCUGUGGGAUGCUCAUGGGGCUUCAGCCCUCUCCCUGCCUGUAGAUUGUCCUGGUCUCUAGCCCUCAGACUGUGCCCAUCCCCUUUUUUUCUACUCUUCCCUCUACUCUUCCUCCCUUUUGACAGCUCCUUACCUCCAGCCCUCAUACCAUGCCCAUCCCCUUCUUUUCCUUUCCAGCUCUUCCCUUUGCUUCUCCUUCCAUUAAUAAAGAGUUUGACUUUUUCACUUUA